AUGGCUGCCGCAGAGACGCGUCGACUACUUGAGCAGCUUAUGGGUGAGCAGCUUAUGAGCGGAACCGACCAGCGCGCGCCUCAGCUUCCAAUCACCGACCCCAAGGUCUGCCGCUCCUAUCUUGUCGGAAACUGCCCUCAUGAUCUCUUCACAAACACUAAGAACGAACUGGGGCCCUGCCCUAAGGUGCACAACGAAGCGCUCAAGGCCGAGUAUGCCGACGCCAGCGAUGAUCAGAAGCGCAGAUGGGGCUUUGACUUCGACUAUAUGCGCGACAUGCAGCAUCACAUUGACAGUUGCAACCGCAAGAUAGAGUCCGCCCAGCGCCGCUUAGAAAAGACGCCCGAGGAGAUCCGACAGACCAACGCUCUCCUCAAAGCCAUUCACGAACUCGAGAAAUCAAUCGAAGCCGGCAUGCUCGAGAUUAAAAUCAUGGGCGAGGAAGGCAUGGUUAACAUGGCCGUGCAGGAAUUUACAAAGAUCCGCUACAAGAAGGCGGAAAAGGAAGAGCGUGAGCGCGAGCUUAGGGCCCUUUCGGAUACUGGCGGUCCCUCUGGGCACCAGAAGCUUCAAGUAUGCGAUGUUUGCGGUGCGUAUCUUAGUCGGUUGGACAAUGAUCGUCGUCUAGCAGACCACUUUUACGGCAAGAUGCAUCUUGGCUAUGCCCAAAUGCGCAAGUCUUACGAUGCCCUGACCAAGGAGCUCAAGGACAGGCCGCAACCCGGCCGCAACUCAUACACUCCCUCGGGUGGCGACAUGGACCGAGGCGGCGGCGGUGGAGGAUGGGGAGGUGGCGGUUACGGAGGCGGCGGUGGCUUCCGCGGCGGGCGAGGAAAUCGUCGUGGUGGUGGCAGAAGAGGCGCUUGGUAA